GUCCCUUAGCCUUUCUGAUGAAAUCUCCCUUGUUUGCAUUGGGCUUUUCUCUGCUAUCCUUUUGGAAGGGAAGGAAAAGGAGGAACUGAAGAAUCCACCGCUGAAUCUAACAGCGAAUAACAGCCAUUUCAACGCGCUUCAAAAUUAUAUUUCCGGUGAUUUGUUGUCUCCCCUUGCACGGGACAUUUAAUCGAUUUAAAAAUAAACGCUUGUUAAUUCGCUAACGCGCCAACUCGGUACAUUAGUGUUCAGCGCUCUUAUCGGAAGAGGAGGAACUACACUAGCUACCAGAGAUCUAGCUUCAGUAUCGACUUCGAAACCAAAAUGGCUUGCAUAUCGACGUCCGAUUUGGGAAGUGUGGAAUAUGUCAGCUCGAUCUUUAUCAUGCCAUCAUCCUCUAUUUUCUCUCCUGUUCUCAGUAAGUUUGCGAGCGUAACGAAUCCUCAACGUACAGCUGCUGUGAAUCUGAACAUGGCGAGUGCCGGGGACAAUAUGGGCGCCGACUGCCUUCACUGCUGGGUCGCAUGGAGAGCUAACCGGCAACAUGGCCUUGCCGUUUAAACACCAUGGACACUUUGGGGAUUUGACAAUAUUAAAUACGGACAGUAUUCUGAACUGCGACACUUUGUCGUUGACUUUUGUUAGUUCUUCGGUAGCUAAUAUUUAGCAGCACGUGAAAUUUGUAAGAUUUCCGACUCGUUCCCUCUCACGCUAAUGUACAGCCAGUGCUGUAGCUUACUCCGACUACAGAUAUUUAGCUAACUUAACUAGUUUACGUCUAAAGUCUUAACAUCUGCCUUUAAGUAAACAGUUAAGUAUUAAUCUACCCUUGUCGAAAGGGGAAAAAAAAAAAACUUUACUAGUUCACUAGCUAAGAAGUUGGUGAUCAGUUUUCGCCGUCCCAGACUUUUUGUUUCUGGGCUUUCAUAACCUUAUUUAAUAUUUUGAAAUAAUUAAUAUAUAAUAAUGUUUAGAAGUAUGAACUCAGAGGAACACUUCUCUAAGAGGGGUUCAGUGCCCACUUCUGCUAGCCUGGAGGUGAGGAGCGACAGCUGGGCUAGCUCCUGGAUUAGCAUGCUGUCAGCAGUGUCGAGGCCUGCGUGGUCGCUUCUUCAGAAAUAUUUGCCUGGAAAAUCGCAGGCUUGGUCCAGCGAGGCAAGAAAAUCAGACAUUGACUUUGGACAUAAGCUUAUGGCAGGUCUCGAUCACCUUAUGCCUCCUGACCAGAGUCCCACUCACCUGCGUGUAGCUUAUGUUCACUGUCAGCAUGAAAACGGCGCGUUUCUCACUUCCGGCGAUGUAGAAACUCUGCGCUGGAUGACCACAGACUCUCUGAGAGACCUGGGGAUUGAAGACGCCGUGAAUAUGAAUUUUAAGGCUCUACAAACAGAACCAGUGAAGGACAGGUACCAAGCAUCGACAUGGAAUUUUCUCAGUAGGUUUCUGGCACCAAAAGAAGGAAACCACGCUGAGUUCACGCAGCCCAAGUUGGGUGUUUUGUAUCCAAGUCAAACCACAAGAGCCACUAACACCUGGUGGUGGCAGGGGCUUUGGAGAUCGGACGACCCUCAAAGCGCCCUCAAAACACAACCUGCUUUGUACCAGACUAAAAACUCUGCUGGUGCUGAAACAAAGUCCCUGCAUUGUGGAGAGCGCCACAGUAGUGGUCAUUGUGAGCCGGGUUGCCAGGGGUCAGCUGUUGCACUUGAUAAGCUGGUAGAACCGUUAGGACACAGCAACGAGGCUGAAUGGACAUGCAGCGAAUAUGCUGGACUUUCACGCUUCAAAGAGUCAGCUGACCAUACAAGCCUUCACACAGUCAGGCUGGAAUUUCUCCCGAACUCGGACUACCUUCCAUUAGCUCAUGAGCACAGCGCUGUAGAGCAUCAAGUUGGUAUCAGAGCUGCUGCCGCCUGCAGUGAGGUGGCGGUUCUGACCCCGGACCAGGACAAUGGCUACUCUAGUUUGGAGGAAGAAAGUGCCAGUGCAAGGCAGUGUAAGAUGAACGGCGUAUGUGAAUUGUUGGACCUUGAAGGUUCUACUGCUUCUCAGGCUGGCGAUCAUGGGCACGGAGGAGAGGAGGACAAAUCUGCAGGGAAUACUCAUUGUGAGAGGGUUGAGAACAAAGAGGAAGACAAGGAGGAGGAAAAAGUGCAAAACGCAGAGCCUGCGAUUGUACAUGAGGCUUUGCCAGUUCAGUCCACUCCUUGCUGUCAGAACAAGGCGAUCGCUUACAUCAUGGGCAGCCCCUGCAGCGACGAGUCAGACGUGGAAGACAACAGCGUUCAGGACAGUGACGAUGAUGACGGCUUUGACAGCGACGUCUUGGACAGCUGUUCUGACUCCGAGGACAUGGAUGAUAGUGAUGAUGAGGAUGAAGAAGAUGAGGAGGAUUCAGAAUCUGAAGAAAUUGACUCUGAGAGUGAGAGACUGUUGAAUUCAUUGUUCCAAACAAAGGACCCCUAUAACCCUCGCAACUUCACAGCCUCUAUCCGGACAUCCAGGAAACUCGGUGAAUCUGCCACAAAUACAUGCACAGUGGGAUCCCCAGUAGAGCCCGAAUCCCUUUUGUGUUCCUCUCCAUUGUCCCCUCCUUCACCUCUGGAAGGAACCCAGAAAGAUGCGGAGUCCAGCGAAGAAGCCGGUUCGUCUGUGGACGAAGCUGAGAGCCUGAGGCUUUGGAACUCCUUCAGCUGCUCAUCGGAUCCCUACAGUCCAAUGAACUUUCAGGCGGCAAUCAGUACUCGGCAGCCACACAGACAGCGCUGUAAGAAAGAGAGACCGGUCGAGCCUCUGGUCUAUAGGAAAGAGGAGGCGGAGGAGAGGAUGGACAGCGGCUUCUCAGAGACAGCUGUUCAGGGCCUCGGAAGUGCUGGAGUUGUCAGACUGAAAAAGGUGACGUUCAUCGAGGAGGUGGAGGAGUUCUACGCCAGCAGUGACGAGGAGCGGCACGGCCCGUGGGAAGAAUACGCCCGAGACCGCUGUCGCUUCCAGCGUCGCGUUCAGGAGGUGGAGGAGAGCAUCAGUUACUGCCUGACUCCCAGCUUCCGCCUUAACAUCUUUCAAAGACGCUAUCCUAGUAGCUGAUGUUUUUGUUGUUUGUUGCUGCUUCUUCUUCUUUCUUUUUUUUAAUAGUUAUUUUUGAUCGCACGAGACAGUUAAAUUAUAUACAUAUCGGGUCUAAUUCAGGGUGAAGAAGAGGAGCGGAAAUGAAGAAGGAAGGCAUAAAGACUCCUGUGUUGCAGUUUCAUUCGUGUGUUAGGGUUCUAACACUUCACGAAGUCAUACAGUAAAGAACCACUGUCCUGUUCUGUGGAGAGCUUCGUUACCCCACGCAGACAUGCAGCUUCCUGAACACCACGACAAAGUAACGAAGUGAAAAAUGACGUCUGUUGCACGACGUCCGGUGGGGGGGAAAAAGGUCACAGUUUUGAUGAAAAGCUAAGUUUCAAACACCUUUUGAAAUGUUUUCAUCUGUGGGUAUUGUUUAUGUUAAAAGACCCUAAUGCACUAACUCUGACUUGCUUCUUAAAUGUCUUAACUUCAUCUCUAUUAGUGCAUCAGUAUUGAACUCUUGCCCUUUAUAGUGUUAGAAAUACCUGUUGCCUUCACGUCCUACCAGGAUUUUAUUUCGGCUGUGUUUAGAUGGGGUGGGUGGGUGUUUUUUUCCCUAUUGUAAAAUCUUUUGACAAACUUUUCUGCCAAUACCAUCUAUGUUUUCCAUUAGUUGUGCCAUAAAAUGAAAAUUUGGAGUAUUUAUUAACAUUAUACCAUUUGGCAGGUGGUCAGAGUUUUGUCUUUUGUGCCAAGAAAAUUUGUAUUGUGCGUUGAACGAAAGCAUACAAAUCUUUUCCCUUCCCUGUAGAAAUACAACUCCAGACAUGCCAAGUCUCUUCUUUCAUGCCAGGAGUUAGGGAUGUUAAUAAACACGGGUCAAAUGUCCCAGCCUUUCUAAAUGCAGCUGUAAAACCUGUUCACUAAUUAACCUUCAAGCCAAAGAUAGCACUCGAGUUCUGUACAGCUCACGUAGUGGAAGCUCAGCAUUGGAGCACACAUCACAGAGGAGUCAUGUGGAUGAGGGACCCACAUGAACACGCGCUAUUUGUCGAGUUCAGCAGUAUCUGUUCCUGCAUCCGAAGACGGGCGGGUCUUCCUUCAUGCUCCGGAUUUGCAUGGUCCUGUAUAAGCGUACAGUCCCAGCUUUCAUUACCUUCUAAAACCCGCUUGACUUUCUAGUGCUUGAGAAUCACUGUGGUGUGUAUCGUGUCUUAACUGAGAGGUCGUGUCUCUGUAGUCUCAACUGUGGCAGCUGUGACCCAAGUGGCUGGAUUUCUGUGUAUGACUAAAAAGAAAAUGCAGGGAGCUAAAUGCAUGAUCUAUUGAAAUAUAAUAUGCUUGAUGUCAAAGCAUAGGGUUCAUUUGUUUAAUUAACAUGGAAGUGUUUUAUUUUUCUAAAACAAGUUAGGACUAUAGUUAUUCAGCAUUUAUUCUGGGUUUUGUCUUAAUCGAUUUAACAUACAAAUAAAACUAUUAUUUAAAUCGA